UUUCUAACGACGUGAAACAACAACAAACAACACAAGGUAUUGUUUGGAAUAUACGCAUCAAUAAUAUUAACAAAAGUACGUUUUAGACAUUAUUUAAAUGUCUUAUUUACGUUAUAUUUUACUCGCAUGUGUUAAUUAGAGACAGAUUAACUGUAUUCAUUCAAAACAUUUUGAAAAAGCAGCAUCAGUCUACAAAUUUUGAAGAAAUCCUGCUGAACACGAAUUUUAAACUUACCAGCUGAAAGCGGAGUUUGGUUCUUGUGUUGCCUCUUUUGUUUUAGUCAGUGACGUUACGUUCAAGUCAAGCAGCCCUGGACAGAGCAGACAUGGCGAGCAGCAGCAGUGUGGACAUGGAUCCAGAUGUUGCUCUGAGGCUGUUUGAGGAGGGGGCGACCCUGGUGCUGCUGGGUGUCCCUCAGGGCACAGAGCUUGGGAUUGACUGCAAGAGUUGGCAGGUUGGUCCCCGCUUCAAGGGUGUGAAGAUGAUCCCUCCAGGUCUGCACUUCCUCCACUACUGCUCUGUGAACUCUCCAAGCUGUGGAGGAGAAAUGGGCCCAAAGACGGGACUCUUCCUCACUCUCAAACCCAGGGACAUCCUGCUGGCCAAAUGGGAUCCCAAAGAAGAAGAUCUGGACUUCUCAGCCUCCAAAAACGAAGAGGAGGUGAGCCAGAUCAGGGCGUCCUUGCGAGACCUGGAUCCUUACCUGGGGCCCUAUCCGUACGAGGUGAUGAGGAAGUGGGUGUCCCUCACUGACCGUCUGAGCGACGAGGUGGCGAAGAACUUGCAGCCUCUUUCAGGACGUGUAUGUGCCUUCAGUGACGUCAUCCCUGAGCUGCAGCUGAGACACACCAAAGACAGGGCAGAGCAGCCGAGGAAUGACACGGCCUGCCAGAGCAUGAAAGAGGGGCUCGACAGGCUCCCCAGGAUGAAGCAGAGGGAAGGGACGGAGCUGCGCUUCUCUGUCAUCCCCAAGAAGACGUACCCUGCUGGGGCGACACCGGCCGAGAUCACCCAGUGCAGCCUGGACCUGAGCUACGCCCUGGAGACCGUGCUGGAGAAGAACCAUGAGCUGCAGCCUCUUAACCUGCUAGGUGAAAUGCAGUUUGCCUUUGUGUGUUUCCUGAUUGGAAAUGUGUACGAGGGUUUUGAGCACUGGAAGAGACUCCUCGCUCUGCUGUGUCGAUCAGAGGAGGCGAUGCGAAAGCGUAAGGAGCUGUAUCUGGGGCUCAUCGCUGUGCUGUACCACCAGCUCGGAGAAAUCCCACCUGACUUCUUUGUCGACAUUGUGUCUCAGAACAACUUCCUCACCUCCACGCUGCAGGACUUUUUCCAGUUUGCCACUGGGCCCAGUAUAGACGGCACGCUGCGGAAGAGAGCAGAGAAGUUCAAAGCUCACCUGACCAAGAAGUUUCGCUGGGACUUCGAUGCAGACUUGGACGACUGCGCCCCCGUGGUUGUGGAGCUGCCUGAAGGUGUAACGGUGGACUGAGGUUUUAAAAAUGGACUUUGUGUACAUGCUGGACCUGAAAGCAGGGAACUGAAACAAUCAGUGAAGGAGAGCAGUGAAUCCUGGUUCUCAGAAGGCUUGAGGAAAAACAACCCAGAAGUCCUCUAAAUGACCACGCACUCUGGAGUUUACACCAGAAGCUCUCUGUGCUGACGCCGUCACAUGUGGGCUCUGCAGCAUCCCCUCAUAUACACAGUAUGUAAACUAUCCAUGUACCUUGUUGUGAAGAAAGCAAACAUGCUUUCUUAAGUUAAAAGCUAAAAGUCAGUGGUGCCCUCUUGUGGUUGUUUUCUCCAAGUUCACAAAGCACUUUGCCUUCAUAGUUUUAACCCCAGCUGCAACAUGUUUGCCGAA